UUCAAGAAAUUUUCCCUGCGCUACAUACGAUAUUAUACACAUACAGUAAAUCCUCUUAUCUGCCGUCAUCCCCCAGUGGCCCAGCGAGGAGGCCAGCCAAAAAAAUGCCGCGCUCGUCUCGCUACGCAGUUGUGGUGGACAACAUCUCCUCCAACACGCCCGUUCGCGACAUCGAGCGCGAGUUCGCCUUCUUUGGCCGCAUCCGCGACUGCGUCAAGGAUGGAAAGCACCGCCUGGCGCUGAUUGAGUUCGAGAAGUCCCAGGAUGCCACUGCGGCCUGGCGCAAGAUGGAUGGGUUCCGCAUGGACGGCCGGCAGUGGCGUGUGGAGUACGCCACGCGGGAGGACUUCCGGUUCUUCGGCUGGAAAUGGUUUGAGCACUCGCCCUCGCCCCCGCGGUACCGGUCGCGCUCCCGCUCCCCGCGCCGCUCGCGCUCGCCGUCCCGGUCGCCUGUGCGCCGCUCCCGCUCGCCCGACACCCCUGGUGGUAACGAUGGCCGGCCACGGAAUGCAUCCAAGUCGACCUCGCCGCCCCCGCGUCGUGAGGAUGACCACGGCGCUGACGAUGGUCGCCGUUCGCCGUCGCGUUCGCCACGCCGUUAUGACUAAUGUGGUAAUGGAACGUCACUGGCGCUUUAGCGGCAUUCAGAGGAUAAGAUGCAGAUUGUGCCCGAGCCGCUUGCUGCGGAGAGGAGAGAGUCCAUUGAUGACGUAAUUGAGCGGCGUUGCAUAACAGACGUGCACAUUGAAGCGUCUGAGCACGGAGUUUUCGACGAUGCAGGGUCGCACGCCACGCAGGAGGCAUGCCCGUAAUGCAGCAUUCACCGCACAGGGAGACAGUGAAAGGGCCAUGUGCAUUUCUAAGCUGAGGUUGUACUAUACGGGGGGUAAUCAUGGAAUCAAGCGUGGCCACGUAAAAUUGUCAAGAACUGAGCACAUCAUGUAGGGACGCAUGGGAGGCGCUGACGCGCAGAAUCGACCUCCGUUUUGACUGGUGUUGGACUGGGGUACGGUCGUGGGGCACGGUAUACUUGCGGAUGUUAACCGCACUGGGACCAUAUGGCUGGCAUAAACAGAUUCGGGGAGAGAGGGAAGCCCGGGAGAGAGGUCGAUUGGCACCCGUCGUGCCGGGAAAUGUGCCGAUGCGUGGCACGCAUGUAACGCAUAAUGUUU